GUCACUUCCUGCCCUCGCCCCAUCUCCGUCCGGGGUCAGUCAGUCGCUCCCUGUCGCUGCCGGAGAGUCUGUGCUUCUCCCUUCCUACGCGCUCCGCGGCGGUAGCUUGGACUCUCCGGGGGAGAGGGCGACAGAGAAAAAGAGAGGCUGACUUAAUAAAGUUUCCUCAAACAACAACUUCCACCGAAAAGGCCCACGGUGGGGGGAGACCCCCAUUCUUCCCCGCCCCUCUCCUAAGCCUGAGGGACCGUUGCAGGUGGAGCGGCGCUGGGGAGACCCCGGCUGCGGCAAUAGCCGUUGCCCCUGCGAGGGGCGCCUCAGGUCCUGCCAGCUCCGGUUCCGGCUUCUUUGGUGGAGGCGGCGGCUGCUCCCGGGCGGUUCCUCCUGUCAACUGCCUGCACCCGCGCGCCGCCCGCCGAGCCACACAGCGCGGAGGACGCCGUGAGGCGCCGCCGCCGUCGCCUCGGCCAGCGGAGAGACGUGCCGCGCCGCAAUGAAGAGCUUCUUACAGUGAAAGGAAAGUAGGUCGAGUCCACUGAAAAUGCCUUUAAGGGACAAAUACUGUCAGACUGACCACCAUCAUCACGGAUGUUGUGAACCAGUUUAUAUCCUGGAACCUGGAGAUCCUCCUUUGUUACAGCAACCACUACAGACAUCCAAAUCUGGUAUUCAACAAAUAAUUGAGUGCUUUCGAUCAGGAACUAAACAACUUAAGCAUAUUUUAUUAAAAGAUGUGGACACUAUUUUUGAAUGUAAGUUGUGCCGCAGUCUCUUCCGAGGAUUACCAAAUUUAAUUACCCAUAAAAAAUUCUACUGCCCACCAAGUCUCCAGAUGGAUGACAACCUUCCUGAUGUAAAUGAUAAACAAAGCCAAGCCAUAAGUGAUCUCCUAGAAGCCAUAUAUCCAAGCGUGGACAAACGAGAAUAUAUUAUUAAGCUAGAACCCAUAGAAACUAAUCAAAAUGCAGUGUUUCAAUAUAUUUCAAGGACUGAUAAUCCUAUUGAAGUCACAGAAUCAAGCAGUACUCCUGAACAAACUGAAGUUCAAAUACAGGAAACUAGCACUGAACAGUCAAAAACAGUACCGGUUAUAGAUACAGAAGUGGAAACCGUAGAGCCCCCUCCUGUUGAGAUUGUUACAGAUGAAGUUGCACCUACAUCUGAUGAACAGCUUCAUGAGUCACAGGCUGACUUGGAAACAUCUGACAAUUCUGAUUUUGGUCACCAGUUGAUAUGUUGUCUUUGUAGAAAAGAAUUCAAUUCUAGACGAAGUGUUCGCCGUCACAUUCGAAAAGUACACAAGAAAAAGAUGGAAGAACUAAAAAAGUACAUUGAAACACGAAAGAAUCCAAACCAAUCCUCUAAAGGACGCAAUAAGAAUGUUCUAGUUCCAUUAAGUAGGAGUUGUCCAGUAUGUUGUAAAUCAUUUGCUACAAAAGCGAAUGUAAGGAGGCAUUUUGAUGAAGUUCAUAGAGGACUAAGGAGGGAUUCAAUUACUCCUGAUAUAGCAACAAAGCCUGGGCAACCUUUGUUCUUGGAUUCUAUUUCUGCUAAAAAAUCUUUUAAGACUCGAAAACAAAAGUCGUCUUCAAAGGCUGAAUACAAUUUAACUGCAUGCAAAUGCCUCCUUUGCAAGAGGAAAUACAGUUCACAAAUAAUGCUCAAAAGACAUAUGCAAAUUGUCCACAAGAUAACUCUUUCUGGAACAAACUCUAAAAGAGAGAAAGGCCCUAAUAAUACUGCCAACAGUUCAGAAAUAAAAGUUAAAGUUGAACCAGCAGAUUCUGUAGAAUCUUCACCCCCUUCCAUUACCCAUUCUCCACAGAAUGAAUUAAAGGGAACAAAUCAUUCAAAUGAAAAAAAGAACAUACCGGCAGCACAGAAAAAUAAAGUUAAACAAGACUCUGAAAGCCCUAAAUCAACUAGUCCGUCAGCUGCAGGUGGCCAGCAAAAAACCAGGAAACCAAAACUUUCAGCUGGCUUUGACUUUAAGCAACUUUACUGUAAACUUUGUAAACGUCAGUUUACUUCAAAACAGAACUUGACUAAACACAUCGAGUUGCACACAGAUGGAAAUAACAUUUAUGUUAAAUUCUACAAGUGUCCUCUUUGCACUUAUGAAACUCGUCGGAAACGCGAUGUGAUACGACAUAUAACUGUGGUUCAUAAAAAGUCAUCUCGUUAUCUUGGGAAAAUAACAGCCAGUUUAGAGAUCAGAGCUAUAAAAAAGCCCAUUGAUUUUGUUCUAAAUAAAGUGGCAAAAAGAGGCCCUUCGAGGGAUGAAGCAAAACAUAGUGAUUCAAAACAUGAUGGCACUUCUAACUCUCCUAGUAAAAAGUAUGAAGUAGCUGACGUUGGUAUUGAAGUAAAAGUCACAAAAAACUUUUCUCUUCACAGAUGCAAUAAAUGUGGAAAGGCAUUUGCCAAAAAGACUUAUCUUGAACAUCAUAAGAAAACUCAUAAGGCAAAUGCUUCCAAUUCACCUGAAGGAAACAAAACCAAAGGCCGAAGUACAAGAUCUAAGGCUCUUGUCUGCCUCGCGAAGCCGUCGCCCCGCAGCGCCGCCGCCCUGCGCCCGGCCGCCCCCGGGAGCCGCUGCCCGCCCGCGGGCGCCGUCACCACGCGUCAGGCUGCAGCCAGCUGCCGCGCCAAGCUCCGCGGUGGCGCCGCCCGGGAGCGCCAGCUCGCAUCUCGGGGCCUGGGUAAGCCCGCAGCCCCGUGAGCAGCGCCGCUGCCUGGCCGCCGGCGGAACCUCGCCCUCCCUUCGCACCACGGUACCUCAGGCGCCUCGCCGCGGCCGUCUCCACGGGCAGUCCUGUCAUCCGCAGACUCCUGAGUCCUCUGCCUCACCUCAAACCCCUCUCAUCGGCCCUGGUUUGAGCCAGGACUCUCCCGCGAAGCCCUCUAGAGGACCACGUGCCUUAGGGACGGGUUGGGGCGGCCUCCGUACGAGUCGUGACUGCUCCAGGGCAGUAUGUCCUCUGCCUGCCAAAAUCCCGGCUUCUUUGAGAAUCUUGUCACUGGACAAUACCAUCUUUUUUUUUUUUUUUUUUUUCCAGCUUGUAAUUUAUAGAUUUCCUAUUCAUAGUGAGUUUUGUCAUAAUUAGUUCUUCAAAGACUAGCUCCUACUUGAACCUUCACCUCAAAUCCUGGCAUCGACAAGCUAGUUCCCCAGCCCCCGAGACCCCCCACCACCACUACCACAACCACAACCCCAAAUAUUGCCAUCUGCUAGAAGAUUGUUUUAAUAAUUGUCCAUAUCCUCAGUGAGUGUGGGGUGCUUAACUGUGGUUGACCUUGAACUCCAACAUCUAGUCCCCACCUUCCUAUAACUUCAUCUCCAGUGAUCAUUUCUCCCCUUCAGACUCAGUCCUUGCUCCUACAGUUCUAGACCUUGUCAUCGUUAGAAUCCGCAUCCUCUCUGCAGUCUUGUCUGUGAUGAUCAUUACCUCUCAGAUCUCCUGCUCCAGGGAGUGGAGGUGAUGACAGGUCCCCCUGCCUUCCCAAGGCAUUUACUGCUGGGUUUGCACUGAGGCCAUGCUUUUCCAGCACGACUCCCAGUCAGUGAUCGGGCACAGCAUGGGGUGUGGAGGUGGCACGUUCAUGGAAGAUGCAGGACUCCUCUGAUGAGCAAGUUUGGCUUGGGAACACCUGAGCGCCCUGGUUGAAACUUUCUGAGAACUGUGCUGCAUGCACUCUGAGGCUCUUGGGCCCAGUUCCCCUCUCCUUUCACAGAUGUCAGACCCGUAUUAUAAUAUGAAGUUUCUCUUGCCCUUUCCUGCUUCCUCCCCUUUAUCCUUCACAGGAGCUCCCUCAAUAAAACUCUUGCACACUGAACCCUGUCUUGGUGUCUGCUUCUAAAAGGACCUGAACUAGCACAUCAUCAGACAUUCCAUGCUCCAAUCAUUAUCUUCCUAUCCUAGGUUUGUUGCUCACUGGCAGCUAAUUCGUUUGCUUCCUUUUUUCCACUAUUUAUCAGCCCCUGUCUUGCAUUCUCAUCCUUGCUUAGCCUAGAUUCUCUGGUCCAUUAUCAUCAUCAUUCUCCUUGAAAUACAAUGUUUUCAGCACUCUUGAACCUCAAUUUCUAUUUAUUUUCCUGACAAAAUCUCAAUUAUGGAUAAAUCUUACCAUCUGCCUUCCAUGGGCCUUUCUGGGACAACUGAACAUUUUGUUUGAGAAAACCACACAAUUCAACCAACUAAUUUUUGCUUUCAAUCCAUUAACUCAGACCUCAAGUUGGUGCUGUUGUUCCUACCUUAUCUCAGUUCCUCACAUCUGAAACUAUUGUUCAUACCUUUUCAUCUCCUCAAAAUGUUCUGAUCUUUUCCUCCCCAUUUGCUUCACAUUUCGCUAAGAAAACAGAAUUUACUACAUACAGACUUCCUCAUCUUGUCACCACAAAACCCUCCAACCCAGCUACCUUGGUAACCUUCCUUUCUGUGAUAGGGAACUUCACAGGCAAGUCCCUCCUUUCAUGCCCCAAAUCCCGGCCCCUUUGCCUUUUCAAGGACUUCCUCCUUAGGUUUUCCCUUUUCUCUCUUCUGCAUCCUCAAUCCUGCCUCCUCUCAAUGGAUUAUUCCCUGUACGUGUGCUCCAGUGUAUUUCAUUUUAACCACACCUUUCCUCGUUCACAUCUUCUCCAUCUGUGAGCCAUUUCUCAGCUCCCCUUUAGAACUAAACUUUUUAAUGGAGUUGUCUAUUCUUUCCUAUGGGAAUACGGUGACACCAGUCCUACCUGGUCUCUCUGCCACCAUUCUUAACCACUCCAAUACAUUUUUGAUAGAGUGGCAGCAAUAGCCUUUCUCACAAAUCGAAUUAAGCAAAUUGUUGCUUUUAGGGUAAAAUCUAAACCCCUUACCAUGGCUCACAUAAACUUGCACAAUCUGACCCUUACCUACCCUUCUACCCCAGUCUAUGCUCCUCUCUUUAUUGCCCACUUGAAUGCAGCCACACUAAUUCCUCCAAUAUGCCAAAAUAUUUUCUGCACCUCAGGGGCCUAGGAAAUGAUGUUCUGUCUAUUUAAGCUGCUUUUCACAGCAAUCCUCUCUCCCAUCACAACCCUAUCCUUUAGAUAACUGAUGAAAUAUAACAUUGAGAAAGACCUGCACGGAGCACUCUAUUGAAAGUAGACCCUACCUUCCUCUCUUCCCGUUUGCUGUAUCAGUCCUCUGUUUUCUUCAUCACUCUAAUCCUGUAUCUCAACUUGUAAUGUUAUUUACUUGUUUAUUUACCUUUUGGGGAGGUCUAUUUCCCAUACUAGAAAGUAUAAAGGAAGAGACCAUGUUUGGUUGUCUAGAUUCUUCAACAUUGUAUUCUCCACCUGUAGCACAAUAUUUGACACAUAUUAGCUGCACAAUAAAUAUCUGUUGAAGGGAUGAAUGAGCGUAUUUGGUAUUUUUUCUGUUGAGGGUUCACUUUUUAUUGAUUUGUAAGAACUCUUUAUAUAUUAAAACCACUAACCAUUUGUUUGUUCUGUAUGCUGCAGACAUUUUGUCCUUUGUCAGAUAUCUAUCAAUUUAAUCCAUGAUGUCUUUGAUAAACAGAAAUAUUGCAGUUUUCAUUUAGAUAAAUCUGUCUUUCAUGAUUUCUGCUUUUGAUGAUAUGUUUAAAAAGGUCUUCUCUUUCCCAAUGUUACAUAAAUAUCUGUCUUUUUAUUUUAAUUUUUUAGAUUUGAAUUUUUACUCCAAAUGGAAUUUAUUUUUGAUAUAGGUGUGAUUAAGGGUCUAAAUAUUUAUUUAGUUGUUACAUCAUCAUUUAUUGAAAACUUCCUUUUCUACUGUUUUAAAAAUUCCACAUUUAUCAAAUAUUAAAUUCUUACACACACUUGCAGUGGUUUCUGAAUUUAUUGUUUGUUUAAUUUUUUUGUAUCCUUUGUUCCUGAACCAUGCUGUUUUAGUUAUUGCCAUUUUAUCAUUUGCUUUACUGUGUAUUUAGCAUCUUAAUUAAUGGGAUAAAUGGUACUUUUU